CGUGUCAAAUAACUGACGCCAUUAUUUCUGUUUACAUGAUUGAAAGAUUAAUUUUAAAUAAAUAUUUAAUGCAUUUAACUUUAAGAAAUAUUAAAACAUGGAGCCGAACGACAGUGAAUUCAAACUGGAAUUUGAGACGGCGAAAAACAUAUGUCGGUGUUGUUUAUCAACAGACAAAAGAAUGACGAAAAUUGAAUCAUACCGUGGGUUUUUCAUCGAUUUAGCAGAUAUUAUUGUGUCAGAAUCAGAUGGCUUACCGCAAUGGCUCUGUUACGAAUGCAGCGCUCUACUGCUUAAGAGUGUUCGUUUCAAACAAAAAGUUAUCAACGCCCAUACGAUGUUAUACGAUUAUCAUAGUCGAUGCGCGCCGUUUCCUGUGGACGUUCAAGAUCCAGAAUUAACGAAAUAUGCGAGUCCGUAUUUAAGUAAAUCAAACGUACUUGUUUUUGAUACGAGUCGAAGUAAAAAUGGCUACCACAAGGUUCUAGAGCACGACAAACCGAAUUAUCUAUCAAAUUUAAUAGAUAUAAAUGUACCGGUUGACGCUGAAAUAUUAGACGACAAUAUAUCUAUAAAGGAUGAGUAUGUUUUUUCGGAAGGGGAUGACGACCAACCGUUACUCGUGAUAAGCAGAACAAAUAGGGAUAAGAAUCUCGAAGAUCUCAUCGCAACUGAUAUUAAAGAAGAGAAAAAAGAAAAAAAGAAGAAAGUCAAGAAGAAAAUUAAAUCGAAAUCACUCAGAGCCGUUGAAGAUAAAUUAGAUAUAGAUGUAAAUUUAGAGGCUUCAGAACCAAAGAGAAGUGUUCUCAGAAAACCGAUAGAAAUAGAUGAAACGAAAAUUAGAAUCAUUAAAUUGGAUCCGACUGAGCAGUUGAAGCAGCGAGAGGAAGAAAGUAAAGCGACGCUCAAGUUCCCCUUCCAGUGUCAGCUGUGUUUCAAAGGUUUCAAUUUCGAGGUUAAACUCAAGAAUCACAUGUUCAAACAUAGUCCGGCGCGCGGCCCGUACAAGUGCGAGCUGUGCACGAUGCACUUCCCGAGCGCGUACUCGUCGUCCGUGCACGCGCUGACGCACACGCGGCGCUUCGAGUGCGUCACGUGCGGCCGCCGCAUGGCCGACAGGCUCGCUAUGAUCAACCACUACAGAUCUCAACAUGAAGGCGUACUUUCUGUGUUCACUUGCGAUAUCUGCGGGAAGAUUUCCAACAACGACAAAACUCAUCGCGGUCACAUGCGAAACCACCACUCGGGGACUCGCGUCAAGUGUGACGAGUGCGGGAAGAGUUUCGUGAACAGGGACUCGCUCGUGGAGCAUCAGCUAAUACAUCAAGGCAUCAAAAACUACGAAUGCGAGGAAUGCGGCAAGAAGUUCCGAACGAGGAAUCAAAUCCGACACCACAUGGUCAAACACAGCGACGCCAAAGAUUUCUACUGCGUCGAAUGUGACGUGAGAUUUAAGUCGGCGCACACACUCCGACAGCACUUGAAGAGGAGUUCCAAGCAUAAGGACAAGAAGAGCUUGAAGUUCGAGUGCGGCGCGUGCGGCAAGCGCUUCGAGACGGCGGCGCAGCUGGCGGCGCACACGCGCGUGCAGCACGAGGGCGUGCGCGAGCACCGCUGCGGCGCGUGCGGCGCCGCGCUGGCCUCGCGCGCCUCGCUCAACAAGCACGCGCGCGCCGUGCACGCCGGCCUGCGCGCGCCGCCCGCGCACGUCUGCCACACCUGCGGGAAGAUGUUCCGCGCGAAGUCGACGCUCGUGAACCACGUGCGCACGCACACGGGCGAGAAGCCGUACGAGUGCGGCGUGUGCGGGCGGCGCUUCGCGCAGCGCACGGCCAUGCGCACGCACAUCAAGCUCGUGCACCUCAAGAUACACCGCAGCGCGCGGAUCAAACCGAAGUUACCUCCGCCGGAAACAGCACCAAAGUCUGAGAUAUACAAGAAUGAAUCGCCCCUCAUGUUCGAGUGGGGGCGACAGAACGCCCAGUGCGAGUACUUCACCGUCACAGCGGGGCCUUGAGCACUGUUCUACUGAAUGACUAAUAAAUUAUCGACUUUU